UCCGCGUGUGCGCAGAGGUCGAGCCGCCAUGCUGAAGGUUUUCACCCGGGUUUUGUGCUCAGCCUCCCGGCUCGGUUCCCGGGCAGCUCUGCCCCCGCAGCAGCUCUUGCUCCUGCGACAGGCCGGCGGUAACCCCGGGGUCCGCGGCCUCGCCCGCUCCAUGUGGCUGCUGUGCAGCUCCGGCCUGAGACGCGGGCCGCUGAACCCCGGCCGGCCCUUCGACGGCGUGUCCUGCGGCUGCGGGGCCCUGCACACCGAAGGUGACCAAGCAUUUGCAGAAUUCCUCGGAGACGAAAUCAAAGAGGAAAAGAAAAUUCAAAAGAGUACAUCACUACCAAAAGUGUCUGGAGGCUGGGAGAUCAGGUUGAAUGGAACAGAAGCUAAACUUGAACGAAAAGUUGAAGGUGAAAGGAUCACAGUCAGUUUUAAUAUUAACAACAGUAUUCCACCAACAAUGGAAGAGGCGCCACAGGAAGGGCAGAAGGAUGCUGAGAAUGAGCCAGAAGUUAUCUCAACCCCAAACUUUGUCGUCGAAGUGACCAAGCUAUCGAAUAAACAAAGCCUGGUGUUUGAUUGCCACUAUCCUGAAGAUGAGGUUGGGCAUGGAGAGGAGGAUGAGAGUGACAUAUUUGCCAUCAGAGAAGUCAGCUUUCAGCCCACUGGAGACGAUGAUUGGAAAGAGACCAGUUAUACCCUUAACACCGAUUCCUUAGACUGGGCCCUCUAUGACCAUUUGAUGGACUACCUGACCGACCGUGGGAUUGAUAAUACUUUUGCAGAUGAACUUGUUGAGCUGAGCACUGCUUUGGAACACCAGGAGUAUAUCAUGUUUCUUGAAAAUUUGAAUGGUUUUAUCAAGUGCUAAGAAUUAUUCCUGUCUUCUGGCUUUUGACAGAUUGUUUUAUGAUGGUCAGGAUGUUUGCCAGCUUUAAAUUAUUUUACAAUAGAUUUUGUACAAAGGUAUUCUCUGGUAUUGAACUGCUCUGUGAUUGGCUUCAUUAUUAUGUAAAAAAUUGUGAUGCUACAAUAAUGAAAAUAUCUCUAAAUUGUACACUGAUUAUGGAAGUGUUACGCAAAAAGUGGGCACAUUGACCAAUUUGUUUCUAUUGUAGCUAAAUUAAGAUGGUUCCAGGAAAGAAAAUGAUGUUGUGCAUAAACAUGUCAGUGUGAAUUCUCCGAAUCUGUGUGGGAGAAAGGGGAGGGAAAGGAACAUGUUCAACUGUACAUGAAACUAAAUGCACUUUGUAAAAUCUGUCAUUCUCUGCUUCACAUGGUAUUUUCUGGGUACCAUCUCGUCCUGUUGGUUUGGCAGUUACUCCAGCAUUUUGUCUUAUCUAUUGCAGAAAUUCAUUAAUUUAUUCAGCAAGCAGCUUAAAUAUAUGCCCAUUUGAGAAUACACCACAACAGCAGUGUUAUUGUCUCAAGCUAAAUAUCUUUGGAAAGUUGUACCAAACCAUGUGGUGCAUGGAGACCAAUGAUUGUAAUGAUGUUUCUAAAUUUAGCUGCAAACUCCUACCAAGUAGUCGUUUGAUCAUCCUUCUUACCCUAAUGGAAGAAUCUAGUCUCCCCAAUGUUGACCUGUACAAAGUUAAGUCUGCCUUAAGUGCACAUAGAAAAGUGAUGAGGCCGAUGUGAACUUUACUGUCAAUCGAUUGUUCAAACCACAAGGAAAAUAAUAGCCCUUCAAAGAAAAAUUGAUCCCCAUAAUUUUAAACUGAGGUGGGGGUAAAGUUGGAGUCACAAAGACUUGACUCUUAGGAUGCAGUCAAAUAUAAUUAUGAUUAUUGUAGUAUGUGAAAUUUGAACAGGAAAGUUUUCUGCUGGGAGAAGGCUAUAAAUCACCUAAGUUUAGUCUUGAUCCUAAUGACAAAACUUGAGGCAAUUUGGGUUUUUUUAAGUCUGAAUUUUGAACCAUGUUUAGUCAGAAGUACCACAAAGAUCUGACGUUAUUUAAAAGGAGGCUGCUGUGAGACAUUAAUAAAUGAUCUAAAUGGAAAUUGAA